AUGAUUUCUCUAGAAUGGAUUUAUAUGGGUGUUGUGAAUUUCUUGAAAGGUUUAUUGGAGAACCUUUUGACAAACUUUUUUUACUUAGCACAUGAUCAAACUAUAGCAAAUGGUCUUACAGUAAUUGCCAAUGAAAUGGAUUAUCAAGUGUUUAUCGAUGUUGCUUAUCAAGCACCUAAAAGGCCAAUAGACCUAUAUUUAGAUCAUAUUGGAAAACGAUUUGAGGAUUGGUUCGUUGAAGAAAGUGAUGAAAAUGGUUCAGUCAUCCAGGGGGAUGACAAAGAACCUUCACAAGGAAUCCCCGAUCCUGAACCAACCUAUAUGUUUGGUGGUUGUUUGGAAGAUGAAAUCACUGGGGAAUACUAUACCCCUCUAAACAACACCAAGGACGAUGAGUUUCUUAACAAGUUAUGCCCAGAAGGUGGAGAAGAGAAAAAGGUUGAAGAAAUAGACAAUAGUGAGGAAUUGGAAAAUGAUGUACUUGAGGAAUAUCCUAUCUUUAAUCUCAGGAAUGUGAUAGGAAUUGAUGGUUGCUUCUUAAAAGGGUAUGUUGCUGGUGAGUUGCUUUAUGUUGUGGGGAGAGAUGAUAGGGACCAAAUAUGCCCAAUUGAUUGGUUUAACUUUUAUUUCAGACCAGCACAAGGUUCUUCUGGAAGCUAUCAUGGAAAUUGUUACCACAAGAACCCUAAAACAUGGCCAAGAGCUUACUAUCAAGUUGGUAGAUGCUGUUCUAGUGUGGAGAAUAGAGGAUGUGAAAAUUUCAAUGCAGUCAUAGUUGAAGCCAGGAAGAAACCUAUCAUCACAAUGCUUGAAGAAUUGAGAAUGUAUAUGAUGAACAAGUUGUACACAUCAAAGCAUAAUGGAUGGUUAAGUGAUGUUUCAUCUGAAAUAAGGCUGAGGUUAAAUGAGUUAAAGGUUAAUCGAAGGUUUUGGGAGGCAUUGCCAUGUGGACUCAACCAGUUUGAGAAUAGGUCAGGAAGUGUGUAA